AUGAAUGUAGAAUUGUAUGUUUACGACCUUUCAAAGGGUCUUGCUCGCCAAUUCUCAUACAGUUUCACAGGCGUCCAUCUGGAUGCCAUCUAUCACACAUCCCUGGUGUUUGGAGGCGUGGAAUAUUUCUUCGGCCAAGGGAUACUCCGCAAGGUUCCAGGUUCCACUCACCAUGGAAAGCCCAUCGAAGUCGUGCAGAUGGGAAAGACCGAGCUUCCCAUGGACGUGAUCGCCGAGUACAUUGAUUCUCUAGCGCAAAUUUAUACUCCAGAGUCGUAUGAUCUGUUUCUCCACAAUUGCAACAACUUUACCCAGGACCUGUCGAUGUUUUUGGUAGGGAAGAACAUUCCGGAGCGCAUCAGGACGCUACCACAAAGAUUUCUCGAAACACCUGUUGGACAGAUGUUGAGAAGUCAGAUCGACCAGUCGAUGCGCUCAAUGACACAGGCCCCAGAUGCAAAAAUGCCGUUAACAAACAGACAGCAACCAGUAUACAGAGCUAGCGCACCGACGUCCAACGGUUUGACCAAAUCUUCAGCGCUACCUCGCAGCGAUGAUACCCAUGGAGCAAGUAUCCCUGCAGCAGGAGUACACAAUGUAACUACACUGCAGGAGAUUCAAUCUCUUCUUGAUUCCGCCAGAAACAGCUGUGCAGUCAUCUUUUUUACGUCCGCUACAUGUGCACCAUGCAAGAUACUGUAUCCGUCAUACGAUGAGUUAGCUGCUGAAGCCGGUAAAAGAGCAGUACUGAUCAAGGUUGAUCUGAAUCAAGCACUUAGCAUUAGCUCGAAAUACAACGUCAGAGCGACGCCAACCUUCAUGACAUACUUGAAAGGGCAGAAGGAGAAUCAAUGGAGUGGUGCCAAUGAGGCUCAGCUGAAAGGCAAUUCCUUGAGACUUCCAACCUUCCAACGCAAGAUUACUCAACCGGUUUCGUUUCCAAAGGUUCCACCCUUGGAAAAGCUCGCAGCAAAAAUUGGCCGCCUUUCAGAAGAAGAAGAAUUUUCGGCAAUUUUUGCUUACGUGAAGACUCGAGAAGCACAAGGACAAAUGGAGGCACCACUGCCAGAUUUACACCGCUUCGCCGAAGUCAUCGCCACAAGAUUCAAUGAACUUCCACCCGAAGUACACCGGCUGCCGAUGCAAGAGUGA